AGUUAACAACCAUUGGCGCCAAGCAACAUGGCGUAGAUAGACGAUUCCAGCGUACCUUCAGGCCUCAUAGAUUGGCAGUGAGUCAGCAGCUCCUGUUCGGAGUCGGAGAUGACAGGAAGAAUCCAGCAAAAACCGCUGCCGAUCUGUUUCAAUGUGGCCCCUGAAGGUGGGAGUGGUGAUGUCACGGCGCUGCAGACUGAGAAAAGCCGGCGGCUGGCUCUGGUUCUCUCCGAAUUUCCGAAUAGAAUUAUGUUAUUAACGUCUGAUUGAAUCUGGCUUGUUCUUGUCCCUCCGCAUUCCUGUCGGAUAUUCUUAUCAUCCUCUGCAAAGCUCUCAGCUCACUGUGGCCAAACCUGUUCUGCAUCCCUUCGCCUGAUGUCGACUCCCGAUUGCCUCUGAAAGAGAGUUUUCCUUCUCUAAAAAAAAAGAAAAGAAACGAAAAGAAAAGAAAAGAAAAGGGAGAGAGCACGGCAAAAACAAAAAAAGGUAGCGUUAUUUCGCAACUGGGAGUGGAGUGUCCAGCGUACACAUGAGCCUUUUUCGCAGAAUGUCGAUCAAGCGUGCUCUGUCAAAGAUCAGGAAGACCAAAGAUGAUGAGCCUGGGACUCCAAGCGAUUCGUCGCAAAACUUCCGCUCCCAUCGCCGGAUGCUCAGCAACUUCCUGCGCGAGCGCGGUUAUAUUUCUUCUUCCGAUGACUUUUCGGAUGACUCCUCGUCCACUGGGACCCUUAGCAAAAACCAGCAGAAGCGCUUAGCUCGUCAGCAGCGCCGUCAAGCGCGGAGUCGCCUCAGCGAGGAGCACCGCUCCGAGUCGGAGAAACGUAGCAGGGCCGAUGAUUCAGAAACGGAUGAGAUGAAGGCGCGCUAUGGCGAUCUUCCACUUGUCCAAUCUCACGAGCGCAAGCACGAACAUGAAGUCUCCCUCACUGAACUUUCCGCUGCCAGCGUUGGCAAAGAAAUCAUUCUUACAGGGCGUCUGCACACUGUUCGCCGUAUGAGUGCGAAGCUCGUAUUCUUUGUCUUCCGUCAACAGAUUGAUACCUUCCAGGGUGUCCUGCAUGAGAAGCCUGGUGUUAUCUCAACAGCAAUGAUCCAGUGGGCAGAGCAUCUCCGUACUGGUUGUGUUGUUCGCGUUCGCGGUAUCGUUCAGUCCCCGCAAGUACCUGUUCAGAGCUGCACACUCCAUGAUAUAGAAUUAGACAUCCAGGAAUUCCACGUUGUGGUCAGACGUGAGGACCCUGUGCCUUUCAGCGUUUACGAGGCCGAGGUCGUUGCCACGGACGAGGACAACAUCGAAGGUCGUCAUAGUCACAUCCCGGACCGCACCCGCCUCGUAAACCGCAUCAUCGACCUGCGCACUCCUACAUCCCAAUCUAUAUUCCGGAUUCAAUCUUCCGUCUGUAACCUGUUCCGCUCCGCCCUUGACGACCGCGGCUUCAUCGAAAUCCACACACCCAAGCUGCAGGGCUCCGCCACUGAAUCUGGCGCUAGCGUCUUCCAGGUCAACUAUUUCGGCCGUGAUGCCUUCCUGGCUCAGAGCCCUCAGUUGGCAAAACAGAUGGCCAUCGCCUCUGACUUCGGACGCGUAUAUGAAAUUGGUGCUGUCUUCCGUGCAGAAAAUUCCAACACCCACCGCCAUCUAACCGAAUACACUGGCCUGGAUAUCGAGAUGCAGAUUCAAGAACACUAUCACGAGACGCUCGAAGUCAUCGACGCGACCAUCAAGAAUAUCUUCAAGGGGGUUUAUGAGCGCAAUCGUCGCGAGAUUGAGAUCAUCAAGCAGCAGUUCCCCUCUGAGGACGUAGUUUGGCUGGAAGAGACACCGGUCAUCCGGUUCUCCGAUGGCAUUAAGAUGCUCAACGACUCCGGCUGGCGCGAUGAAGACGGUAAUCUGCUUCACGAUGAUGAGGAUCUCCACACGCGAGACGAGAUCCGCUUAGGUGAGCUAGUCAAGGAGAAAUAUGGCACCGACUAUUAUAUUCUCGACAAGUUCCCCGUAGAUGCCCGUCCCUUUUAUACCAUGCCAGAUCCGGAGGAUCCUCGGUUCACGAACUCGUUUGACAUUUUCGUCCGCGGUCAGGAAAUUGUCUCUGGCGGUCAACGUAUUCACGACCCAGCCAUGCUGGAGGCGAAUAUGCGCAAAGCGGGCAUCAAAGCAGAGGAUAUGAGCGACUAUCUGGAAGGCUUCCGUUGGGCAGCACCACCCCAUGCUGGUGCCGGAAUUGGAUUAGAGCGCCUUCUUAUGCUCAUGCUCAGAGUGGGCAACAUCCGCCUGGCAUCUAUGUUCCAUCGCGACCCCAAGAGCUUCCCAGCUAAGCCAGCCGUUCUGCAGCUACGGCAUCCCGACUCGUCCACCCUUAGCCCUCCGUGGCAACGCGAGAAGAAGGAGUUCAAGGCGUCCGAUCAGAGCCAGCUGCAACCCCUUGAGGAACUCAUUGCCAAUUACGGCGACUCGUCCUCCACGUCAUGGGGUGACGACCGCUUCAAGAUCUGGCGAGACAUGACCACUGGCGCGGCGGUUGCUUAUGUCCCUAGUUCCAACAACUAUAUUAUGGUCCCGGGAAAUCCUCUCUGCGAUCCUACCCAGUACAACCAUACCAUCAAUCAGUUCUUGCAGUGGUUACGACGCGAGACCAAGUACAAGCCAAUCUGGAUCCUCUGUUCUAGUGACGUCCAGAACCUGCUCGGUGAAAAGUAUGGCUGGCGCAGUUUAUCCUGCAUAUCCGAGGAACGUGUCGAUCCUUCGCGCAAUCAAGCCGCGUCUGAUGGCGAGAUCGGUCGCAAGAUUCGACACGCUGAGGCCGAGGGCGUUAAGAUUGUCUCCCUGCAGCCCGGCGAGAUGGUGGAAGAGGAUAUCCGUCAGAAGAUUGACAAGCGCAUCCAGGACUGGCUCGGGAACCGCAAGGGCACCCAGAUCCAUCUGUCUGAUAUUGCUCCCUGGAGGGACUACAAGCACCGCCAGUAUUUCUAUGCCGUUGAUAAAAACGGGACGAUCUGCGCUUUUGUUGCCUUGGUUAUGUUGGCACCAAGAAACGGUAUGCAGAUAAAAUACAGUCUCGACUUCCCUGGCGCGCCCAACGGCGUCAUCGAGUAUAUUCUGACCCAUGCGAUCCAAACUGCUGCCAAGUCAGGAGUGAAGUCCUUCACCUUCGGAGCUGGUGCUACCACUCAACUUACCCCAGGACAGAAUUUGCAUGGAGCCAAAAUUAGGCUACUCCAGCGCACCUAUGACACCAUUGCCAAUCAGUUCCAUCUGGUUCGCAAAAGCGAGUUCCGGAUGAAACUUGGUGCUCACGAUGAACCACUGUUCAUUUGCUACCCGCCACACGGGUUGGGUUCCAAGGGUAUUCGGGCAAUCCUUAACUUCUUUGAGGAUUAACGAAUUUGAGCAACACGGAGCUGGGCAGAAGUGAGCUCCUAAUUCAUUUUCUAGCCAUGUCGGUUGAGGAACAAGGAGACAACGAAAAUACACUUCACCCUUCUUGAUGCAUUUCCGACAGAAGUUUGCUGUCAUCUCACAGCAUGUUUCUGUUAUCUGUCCAUUGAUUUUGAUGAACUCUGUCCUCGCGACUCGAUUGAAGUCGGCUCGAAGAUGAUAGAAGUUUCUUUUUUUGAGUCUUGCUAAUUGGUAGACGUUGCAUUGUGUAUUCACGAGCAUCCGAUCUGUUUUUCUUCAUUUUGUCAUCCUCGUUUAAUUGUCUGGGCCUUUCUUAGGUAGUCUCUGGAUGUUGGCAAUUCCCCAUGAUGUCUGUGAUGUGCUUGCUGGUAGUCAUGGUCUUUGCAAUGAUUAUCUAUGGUAACAUUUAUUUCCCCCCAGUGUAUUUUGCUGAUUUUUUAUUUUUUAUUAAUGAAUCAUUUUUGUAUCUUAUAUUCAGUGAAGCACACAAUGGUUCAUACAUACCCUUCCAAGGUUACUUCAUGAAGAAUGAUUGGUAUCGAAGUUGCUCCCUAUAUAUCGCUCUCUGAGCCUUAUUCGAGUCUGCAACGAAGCCUGAUGUUUCCAGCUGUCAUCAACUGGUGUACCCAGUUUGGUUGAAACGAGGUGUUUAACCUACCUGUGGCUGACAGGUAAUUCCGACUCAAC